CAUGGACGACGACAUCGACAGCACCUGCUCCACGCCCUUCGCCAGCGCGCCGUCCAGCCCCGGCCGGUCCCCCGCCAUCUUCGGCGGCGGCGGCUACUUCUUCAGCGCGCCGGCGAGCCCCAUCCACCACCUGCUCUUCUCGUCCGCCUCCGGCGCCACGAACGGCGGCGCGCACGGCGCCCACCUGGGCGACGCGGAGUUCGAGUUCGGCGGGCCCGGCGAGCACAUGAUCUCCGCCGACGAGCUGUUCCAGAACGGCCAGAUCCGGCCGCUGACCCUGUCCCCGCUCCCGGAUCUCGACCCCGGCAGCGACGGCGACGGAGACGACGACGUCGAGGCGCAGCGGCCCGCGCGGCGCCGCGAGCCGGCCCUCCGGAGCGGGUCCGUGCACCGCCGCGCCCGGUCCAUGUCCCCGACCCGCAGCGCGUCGCCGCGGCUGAAGCUGCUGAAUGCGCUCGUCCCCGCGCCGGAUCUUGCCCGCUCGACCGGGGCGGAGCUCGAGGCCCCGCCGCCGGUCACCGCCUCGUCGCGCUCGUCGUCGUCCUCCUCGACGUCAUCGUCGUCGUCGGCGGCCUCGUCCGGCCGCGGGUCCCGGCGGUGGGUGGUCCUGAAGGACAUGCUGCUCCACCGCAGCAAGAGCGAGCCCGGCAGCGCCCACGCGCACGACGCCCCCGCGGCGGCCGCCGCCGCCAAGCCCGAGAAGUCGUGGCAGUUCUCGCACUCGUGGGCGUCGAGGGAAAAGGUCAUCGCAAAGCUCCGUGGGGCGAGGGUAUCAACACCGUCGGAGACGGGAGCGGCGGCGUCGGCUGAGAGCGGUAGCGGCGGUGCGGGCGAGGAGUCCCGGACGACGACGCGGGGUCAGGGGAGGGGGAAGGGCCGGCGGCGGUCGACGACGGUGGCUGCUGCGCACGAGAGGCUGUACGCGGCGCCGAACAGGGCGCAGGCGGAGGAGAUGCGGCGGCGCACGUUCCUGCCGUACCGGCAGGGCGUGCUGGGCUGCCUGGGCUUCAGCUCCCGCGGCUACGGCGCGCUCCGCGGAUUCUCCAAAACCCUCAGCCCCGUCUUCUCCCGGUAAAAAGGCGAAAGCAGGUCCAGAAAUUGCUCCAAAAAUACCGAAAAAACAGUGAGCAACAGAAGAGCUUAAAACUGGUUCUUCUUGCUAAUGUUGCCGGUUAAUUAUCACAGUAGUAGUAGUAGUAUUCGUUAUUUGUGUAUGCGAGUAUUGUUUGUCCUAAGCUUUUGGCAGCUGUGUAUAGUGUGAAUUUUUUUCCUCCCAAGUUCGUUGGGAGGUGUUGGUAGUUGUCAGUAAGUCACAUCAACUGGAACAUCAGCAGGGUGCAGUUGGAUAAAUGUGGCGCGAAAA